AUGGAGAGCCUGGCAGCGGGGAAGCCCGUCCUGGCGUGGCCACAGAUGGCCGAGCAGCACCUGAACGCGCACCACGUCACGCACAUCAUCGGCGCCGGGGUGAGGAUAACGGCCGCCGGGGGCGCCGGGGCCGUGGUGGGCAGGGCGGAGGUGGAGCACAAGAUCAGGAGGCUGAUGGACGCCGGCGACUCGGACGGACAGAAAAUGCGAGCCAAGGCGGCCUGGGCUCAGAAGGCGGCCAAGUCAGCGGUGAGCGACGGUGGCACCUCCCGUGUCGCCUUGCUGAAGCUGGUGGAAGAGCUGCUGGGGAGCUACUGUGACAUCAUCGCGGCGAACGAUACGUCGUGA